AUCUCUAAUUUUAGUAAUUUCUCUAAAUUCAAAAGUGUGCACACACCCUCGCUCGCUCAGUGGCUAAGUGGCAGCCACUUUUUUUUGUGAAAUAUUUUUGUUUGUCGUAAUAAUAUCAAGAGAACCAUUGCUUGUUUUCACCACUAAAUUCAGGUGUUAGUUUUGCGCGCCCACGACCAAGUGAACAUACCCAAAGCCACACCAAUUAGCUGCGCAACGUUUGCCAAGCAGCCAAAUCCAAAUCCAAUCGUCAUCGUCGUCGACGUCCUCCAAUUAGCGACCCUCGUUAAACUGCGCUGCGCAAAUGGCCGUUGGCACUUGUCGGAGGGCAUACUAGAGAGACACAAACUAGGAUAAAGAACUCCAUCCAUGGAUGAUUUGUCGCAGGGCGACAUAUGUCGCGUGUGCCGCUGCGAGGCGCAGCCGGAUCGGCCGCUCUUCUAUCCGUGCAUCUGCACGGGCAGCAUCAAGUACAUCCACCAGGACUGCCUGAUGCAAUGGAUGCGCUACUCGCACAAGGAGUACUGCGAGCUGUGCGGCCAUCGGUUCAGCUUUCAGCCCAUCUAUGCCCCGGAUAUGCCGCGCGUGCUGCCCGUCAAGGAUGUGCUGGUGGGGCUCAUGUCUGCCGUGCUGGAGGGCGCACGCUGCUGGCUGCACUACUCGCUGGUGGGCCUCGCCUGGUUCGGACUGGUGCCGCUGUCCGCGUAUCGCACCUAUCGCUAUCUCUUCCGGGCCAACUCCUUCGACAUGAUCCUCUCGCUGCCGUUUGACAUCUUCUCCAUGGACAAUCUGCCAUCGGAUGCGUUCCGCGGCUGCUUUGUCGUCACCUGUACGCUGCUCUCCUUCAUUGGUCUCGUCUGGCUGCGGGAGCAGAUUCUGCAUGGCGGCGGACCCGAUUGGCUCGAACGCGACGAUGCUCCAGCUGCCGCUCAACCCGCUGCGGCGGCGGCUGCUGCUCCAGCGCCUGCGGCCGCCUGGCCGGAGCGGAUUGUGGAUGACGACGGACGCGAUUGGGUCGAUGCUCCAGCUGCCGCUCCCCCAGCCGAUGCGGCAGCCGCUGCUGCUGCCGCCCAGGAUGACAACAACAAUGGCGAGGCGCCGCAGGAUGUGCCCAUGGACAAUGCAGCACCCGCACCAGCCGACAACGAAGGCGAUGCCCAGGGCGCAGCCGGAGAUCCAGCAAAUGCAGCAGCCGCAGCCGCUCCAGGGGAAGCCGAGGCCGACGAACAGAACUGGAACCCCCUGGAGUGGGACCGUGCAGCCGAGGAGCUCACCUGGGAGCGUCUCCUGGGUCUGGACGGUUCGCUGGUGUUCCUGGAGCACGUCUUCUGGAUCAUUUCGCUCAACACGAUGUUCAUCUUUACGUUCGCCUUCUGUCCGUAUUGCGUGGGCAACUUCAUACUCAGCUCCAUGGACCUGCUGCAGCCGGAGAAGCCUUUGCUGCACUUCCAUGGCCUGAUUACGACGCUCUUUGGCUACUGCUGCAUUGGCCUGACGCUCGUCGUGCUGCACUUUCUGGCUAGGAUCUUUCGCAUGCGUCGCGUCUGCUGGUUCAUCGGCCUCUGCUACAUCGUCGUGAAGGUCUCGCUGCUCUCGGUCGUGGAGAUUGGCGUGCUGCCGCUCGUCUGCGGCUGGUGGCUGGACAUUUGCUCGCUGCCGCUGCUCGAUGCCAGUCUAAAGGAUCGCAAGGCGAGCUUCAAGGCGGCACCAGGCACUUCGCUCUUCAUUCACUGGAUGUUUGGCAUGGUUUAUGUCUACUACUUUGCGGCGUUCAUUUCGCUGCUGCGUGAAGUGCUGCGUCCCGGCGUGCUCUGGAUCUUUCGCAACGUCAACGAUCCGGACUUUAGUCCCAUUCAGGAGAUGAUCCAUGUGCCCAUUGUGCGGCACAUACGGCGUCUCGUGGCAUCCGCCAUGAUCUUUGGCUUUGCUGUGCUGCUAAUGCUCUGGCUCCCCAUACGCAUUCUGCAGGUGGCCUGGCCGAAUUUCUUGCCCUAUGCCUUGAGCGGCGAUGCGGAGGUCAAUGAUUUGAGUCUGCAACUGCUGCUGCUGCAGAUUGUCUUGCCUGGAUUCUUUGAGCAAACCCAAACGCGCAUCUGGAUGAAGGGCGUGCUCCGCAUCUGGUGCACCGCUGUGUCCUGGCUUUUGGGCAUACGCAGCUACCUCUUGCCCGCGCCGGAGCCGGAGCCCGAGCCACCAGCCGCUGCCGAGGGCGAGGGCGUGGACGCUGCUGCCGCUGAGAAUGCCAAUCCGGAUGUGGCGCCACAGGCACCGCCACCACCACCGCCGCCACCUGUGGAUCCGUUUCCCAUACAUUUGCCACGAAAUCUGGCCGCCGCCCAUCAGGCCAUCAUGCAGCGGGAUGCGCCCGUGGGCUUCCAGCCGUACGAGAAGCCCACGCUCUUUGCCUUCCGCCUGUGCGCGCUGCUGGCGCUGAUGUGCCUGUCGAUUGUCGGCGCCGCCAUCCUAACGCUGACGGUGCCAGUCUACAUUGGUCGUCGUCUGAUGGUGCUCUGGACGGGCCAGCCAGGCGAGAAGGCAGCUGCAGCUGUUGCUGCUGUUGUCCGUGCCGCUACGGUAGAGGGCGGACCGCUGCCCGUGGUGGAUCCCGAGGCGAUCAGGAAGAACGAGCGACUGCUGCGCGCCCAUGAGCUGUACACGGCGGAGAUUGGCGGCUACUUGUGCUGGAUUGUGCUGCGCGGCGUGGCUGUGGUGGCCACCCUGCUGCCCCAAGGACGCACGGCGAUUGUGAACAAGCUGAAGCAAUGGGCCACCGUCACGCUGCAGUAUGCGCUGCCCGUGAUCACGCUGGUGGGCAUCUUUGUGCUCGUUCCCCUGCUCUUUGGACUGCUGCUGGAGCUGGUGGUGGUCAUACCGCUGCGUGUGCCCCUGCGCAAGACGCCCAUACACUUCCUGUGGCAGGACUGGGCGCUGGGCAUGCUCUACACCAAAAUAGCCAUUGCCCUGACCCUCAUGGGGCCCGAGUGGCAUCUGCGGCGUGCCCUGGAGCGCGCCUACACGGACGGACUGCGAGAUUUCGACCUGAAGUUCGUGAUGCGGGAUCUGGCCGUGCCGGUGGUGACCACCUUUGGCCUGGCCCUGGCCAUACCCUAUGUCAUGGCGCAGAUGGUGCUGCCCAUGUUCUUUGUGGAUCGCUACACGCGGCAGUACAUCUAUCGGCUGGUGUAUCCCGUCAGCUUUGUCGUUGUGGGCACCAUCUGUUUUGUGCUCUUCCAGAUCAAGCAGCUGAAGAAGCUUUAUCUGUCGAUCAAGGUGGACAAGUACUUGGUGGGGCAGCGUCUGGUCAACUACGAGAACCGCAAGAAGCAGCAACAGCAGCAGCAGGAGGAGGAGCAAAAGGCACGCGAGCUCAAGGAGCGACGCGAAAAGGAAAAGGAACUUGUGGCCAACAUUUUGGGUGUGGAUAUGGCAGGGGUGCCCGAGGAGUAUGCCGAUCUGUACGGUGACCGGGACGAGGAGCCCAAUCAGGCGGGCGUCUUAUAUCGCAUGCGGAGACGCGACCAACUGCCACGCCCCGCUGCGCUAGCAGAUGCCAACGAGGAGCUGCUCUAAUGUAGAAAAAGAGAAGAGAAAACCAACUGACAAGCAAAUCUUCAAGUGAAAUAUUCAAAAAACAAAUUCCUUUUCCUGCUUUGCGCUGCACACUCGUUUAUUUUGUUUUUUGGCUUAGUUAAACUUUCGUUAUGGUUAGUUUUUAUGUUUUAGCUGCAAUUGUUGAGAAGCCCCUCCACCCCCUUCGGACCGUGUGUGUCGCUUCUAGCACCUAAGUUGUAUCAUAAUUUAAGACAUGCAAAGAAGAAAA